UCCAGAGGUCUCUGCUCACUCCUCCCCGUCCUCUCCCUCAGUCCCUCCGUCCCUCUGUCCCUCCACGGUCCCUGCACCAUGGGGCCUGCCUCGGGUCCCAGCCUGCUGCUGCUUCUGCUGAGCAGCCUCCCCCUGGCCCUGGGGGACCCCCUGUUCUCCAUGAUCACCCCCAACAUCCUGCGGCUGGAGAACCAGGAGAUGGUGGUGCUGGAGGCCCACGAAGUACAAGGGGACGUGUCUGUCACUGUCACCGUCCAAGACUUCCCGGCCAAGAAGCAAGUGCUGUCCAGCGAGAAGACCAUACUGACCAAAGCCAAUGGCUACCUGGGGACGGUCACCAUCAAGAUCCCGGCCAGCAAGGAGUUGAGAUCAGCAAAGGGGCAGAGUUUCGUGACUGUCCAUGCGUCCUUCGGGGGCACCACGGUGGAGAAGGUGGUGCUGGUCGGUGCUCAGAGCGGGUACCUCUUCAUCCAGACCGACAAGACCAUCUACACCCCAGGCUCCACGGUCCUGUAUCGGAUCUUCACCCUUGACAGCAAGCUGCUGCCCGUGGGCAGGACCGUUAUCGUCAGCAUCGAGACCCCCGAUGGCAUUCAAAUCAAGCGGGACUCCCUGUCUUCUCACAACCAGUUUGGCAUCUUGCCCUUGUCUUGGAACAUCCCGGAGCUGGUCAACAUGGGGCAGUGGAAGAUCCGAGUCCAUUAUGAAGACUCUCCACAGCAGGUCUUCUCCGCCGAGUUCGAGGUGAAGGAAUAUGUGCUCCCCAGUUUCGAGGUCCAAGUGGAGCCCACAGAGAAAUUCUACUACAUUGAUGAUCCGAAUGGCCUGGAGGUCACCAUCACGGCCAGGUUCUUAUAUGGGAAGAAUGUGGAUGGAACAGCCUUUGUCAUCUUUGGGGUCCAGGAUGGUGACCGAAGGAUUUCGCUGGCCCAGUCCCUCACCCGUGUUGUGAUCGAGGACGGCACUGGGGAGGCCGUGCUGAAAAGAGACGUUCUGCUGAAUGGGGUACAGCCCUCACGAGCGGAUGCCCUGGUGGGGAAGUCAUUGUACGUGUCUGUGACCGUCAUCCUGCACUCAGGCAGCGACAUGGUGGAGGCGGAGCGCAGCGGGAUCCCCAUCGUGACCUCCCCCUACCAGAUCCACUUCACCAAGACGCCCAAGUUCUUCAAACCAGCCAUGCCCUUCGACCUCAUGGUGUUCGUGACGAACCCCGACGGCUCCCCAGCCCGCCGCAUCCCCGUGGUCACCCAGGGCAGCAAUGUGCAGUCGUUAACCCAGGAUGAUGGCGUGGCCAAGCUGAGCAUCAACACCCCCAAUAGCCAGCAGCCCCUGACCAUCACUGUAAAAACAAGGAAGGAGGGUAUCCCGGAUGCCCGACAGGCCACCAAGACCAUGCAGGCCCACCCCUACAACACCCUGGGCGGCUCCGGAAACUACCUGCACCUUUCCGUGCCUCGCACGGAGCUCAAGCCUGGGGAGACCCUCAAUGUCAACUUCCACCUGCGCACGGACCCGGGCCAGGAGGCCAAGAUUCGCUACUACACCUACCUGAUCAUGAACAAGGGGAAGUUGUUGAAAGCAGGACGCCAGGUGCGAGAGCCCGGCCAGGCCCUGGUGGUGCUGCCCCUGACCAUCACUACGGACUUCAUUCCUUCCUUCCGCCUGGUGGCUUACUACACGCUCAUCAACGCCAAAGGCCAGAGGGAGGUGGUGGCCGAUUCCGUGUGGGUGGACGUCAAGGACUCGUGCGUGGGCACGCUGGUGGUGAAAGGUGGUGGCAAGGAGGAGAAGCAGCAUCUGCCUGGGCAACAGAUGACCCUCAAGAUAGAGGGUGACCGGGGGGCCCGAGUGGGGCUGGUGGCUGUGGACAAGGGCGUGUUUGUGCUGAAUAAGAAGAACAAGUUGACACAGAGGAAGAUCUGGGACACAGUGGAGAAGGCAGACAUUGGCUGCACGCCCGGCAGUGGGAGGGACUAUGCCGGCGUCUUCAUGGAUGCUGGGCUGGCUCUCAAGACCAACAAAGACCUGCAGACCGCCCAGAGGGCAGAUCCUGAGUGCCCGAAACCAGCCGCCCGGCGACGCCGCUCCGUGCAGCUCAUGGAGAAGAGGAUGGACAAAGCGGGCCAGUACAAGGACAAGGAGCUGCGCAAGUGCUGCGAGCACGGCAUGCGGGAGAACCCCAUGGGCUUCUCGUGCCAGCGCAGGGCCCAGUUCAUCCUCCACAGCCAGGCGUGCGUGAAGGCCUUCCUGGACUGCUGCACCCACAUCACCCAGCUGCGGCUCCAACACAGGCGGGAUUAUCCCCUGGGCCUGGCCAGGAGUGACCUGGAUGAAGACAUCAUGCCAGAAGAGGACAUCGUUUCCCGAAGCCAGUUCCCUGAGAGUUGGCUGUGGACCAUAGAGGAAUUAAAAGAACCAGAGAAAAAUGGAAUCUCCACCAAGAUCAUGAACGUGUUUUUGAAAGACUCCAUCACCACUUGGGAGAUUCUGGCUGUGAGCUUGUCGGACAAGAAAGGGAUCUGCGUGGCUGACCCCUAUGAGGUCACAGUGAUGCUAGACUUCUUCAUUGACCUGCGGCUGCCCUACUCUGUCGUGCGCAACGAGCAGGUGGAGAUCCGAGCUGUCCUCUACAACUACCGGGAGGCAGAAGAGCUCAAGGUGAGGGUGGAACUGCUCUACAAUCCAGCAUUCUGCAGCCUGGCCACCUCCAAGAGGCGCUACCAGCAGACUGUGACCAUCCCGCCAAAGUCCUCGCUGGCUGUGCCUUAUGUCAUUGUGCCCUUGAAGACCGGCCUACAGGAGGUGGAGGUCAAGGCUGCCGUCUACCACUACUUCAUCAGCGAUGGUGUCAAGAAGACCCUGAGGGUCGUGCCGGAAGGAAUCAGAGUCAACAAAACCGUGGCCGUUCGCACACUGGAUCCAGAACACCUGGGCCAAAAUGGAGUGCAGCGAGAGGAGGUCCCUGCCGCAGACCUCAGCGACCAAGUCCCAGACACGGAGUCAGAGACCAAGAUCCUCCUGCAAGGGACCCCGGUGGCCCAGAUGGCAGAGGACGCCAUCGACGGGGAGCGCCUGAAGCACCUCAUCGUGACGCCCUCGGGCUGCGGCGAGCAGAACAUGAUUAGCAUGACGCCCACGGUCAUCGCAGUGCAUUACCUGGACCAGACCGAGCAGUGGGAGAAGUUCGGCCUGGAGAAGCGGCAGGAGUCCUUGGAGCUCAUCAAGAAGGGGUACACCCAGCAGCUGGCCUACAGACAACCCAGCUCAGCCUAUGCAGCCUUCCUGAGCCGGCCGCCCAGCACCUGGCUGACAGCCUACGUGGUCAAGGUCUUCGCUCUGGCCUCCAACCUCAUCGCCAUCGACUCCCAGGUCCUCUGUGGGGCUGUCAAAUGGCUGAUCCUCCAGAAGCAGAAGCCAGAUGGAGUCUUCCAGGAGGACGGGCCCGUGAUACAUCAAGAAAUGAUUGGUGGCUUCCGGAAUGCGGAGGAGAAAGACGUGUCCCUCACAGCCUUUGUUCUCAUCGCACUGCAGGAAGCUAAAGAUAUUUGCGAGGGACAGGUCAACAGCCUGGCACGCAGCAUCAUUAAGGCAGGAGACUUCCUUGAAGCCCACUAUAAUAACCUGCGGAGACCAUAUUCUGUGGCCAUUGCUGGCUACGCCCUGGCCCAGAUGGGCAAGCUGGAGGACCCCCUCCUCAACAAAUUCCUGAGCGCAGCCACAGACAGGAACCGCUGGGAGGAGCCUGGCCAGAAGCUCUACAAUGUAGAGGCCACAUCCUACGCCCUCUUGGCCCUGCUGCUGCUCAGAGACUUUGACUCUGUGCCUCCGGUGGUGCGCUGGCUCAACGAACAGAGAUACUACGGAGGUGGCUAUGGCUCCACCCAGGCCACCUUCAUGGUGUUCCAAGCCUUGGCUCAGUACCAAAAGGAUGUCCCUAACCACAAGGACCUGAACCUCGAUGUUUCCAUCAACCUGCCCAGCCGCAGUUCUGCGGUCACGCACCGCAUCUACUGGGAAUCUGCUAGCCUCCUGCGGUCAGAAGAGACCAAGCAAAACGAGAAAUUCACAUUAACAGCUAAAGGGAAAGGACAAGGCACCUUGUCGGUGGUGACAGUGUACCACGCCAAGGUCAAAGGCAAGGUCACCUGCAAGAAGUUUGACCUCAAGGUUAGCAUACGACCAGCCCCUAAAACAGUCAAGAGGCCUCAGGAUGCCAAGAGCACCAUGAUCCUUAACCUCUGUACCAGAUACCUGGGAAAUGAGGAUGCCACCAUGUCGAUCCUGGAUAUAUCCAUGAUGACUGGCUUUGCUCCUGACACGUGUGACCUUGACCUGCUGAGCAGUGGCGUGGACAGAUAUAUCUCUAAGUAUGAGUUGAACAAGGCCUUCUCCAACAAGAACACCCUCAUCAUCUACCUGGACAAGAUCUCCCACACCCAGGAGGACUGUCUGUCCUUCAGAGUUCACCAGUACUUUAAUGUGGGGCUUAUCCAGCCUGGGAUGGUCAAGGUGUACUCCUAUUACAACCUGGAUGAGACUUGCACCCGGUUCUACCACCCAGAGAAGGAGGAUGGAAUGCUGAGCAAGCUCUGCCAAAAGGACAUGUGCCGCUGUGCUGAGGAGAGCUGCUUCAUGCACCAGGCGGAUGACAAAGUCACUGAGGAAGACCGGCUGGACAAGGCCUGUGAGCCAGGAGUGGACUAUGUGUAUAAGACCAGACUUCUCCGGAAGGAGCUGUCAGAUGACUUUGAUGAUUACAUAAUGGUCAUCGAGCAGAUCAUCAAAUCAGGCUCCGAUGAGGUGCAGGUUGGACAGGAGCGCAGGUUCAUCAGCCACAUCAAGUGCAGAGAAGCCCUGAAGCUGGAGGAGGACAAAAAAUACCUCAUAUGGGGCGUCUCCUCCGACCUGUGGGGAGAGAAACCCAACAUCAGCUACAUCAUUGGGAAGGACACCUGGGUGGAGCUGUGGCCUGAGGCUGAUGAAUGCCAAGACGAGGAGUAUGAGAAAAAGUGCCGGGACCUUGGCAGCUUCUCCGAGAACAUGGUCGUCUUUGGCUGCCCCAAUUGAGCCCCCAUCUUGGUCCCCCCAAUAAAGCUUCAGUUAUAUUUCA